AUGAAUGAACCUUUGGUUGUGUCUAGUAUACAAGAAUGCGAAGCUUGCGGGGUUGUGCAUAGAGAUAUCAAGGAUGAAAAUAUUUUAGUAAACCCGGUGACCCUUGAAACUAAACUGAUAGAUCUAGGAUCAGCUGUCUAUUCCCUUGAGGACAACUCUAUUCCCUUUGAUGGUACAGGAGUGUAUGCACCCCCGGAAUUACUUCUGUACGGCUGGUACAACAGUUCUGCAUGUACAGCCUGGUCCUUAGGAAUAUUAUUGUACAACAUGCUAGUGGGAGAUAUUCCUUUCCAUACAUUUUCUGAGAUUUGUUACCUUCAAGUCAAGUUCCCAAGAGGGUUAGAAGAUCUGCAUCUCAAGGAGCUGAUUUUGGGCUGCCUUCAAAGGGACCCUGAAAAAAGAUUGGCUUCAAAAGAUCUCUUGUCACAUCCCUGGUGUCUCUAGAAUCAGAAAAGAAGUGUUAAUUUAAAUUUUUCAUCAAAUCUGAUGAAUAUUUUUUCAUAUAUUCUUUUUUUUACAAUAUGAUUUCCACUGAAUAUUGAUAAUUCUGGAUUUAUAUUAAUAGAGGUUUAAGUACAGUGUUACUUAUAAAGGUAUAAAGCGAUCAUCCCGACCGCUCUACUGUUUAGUAAGGUUUAUCUAAACCCUUGCACUUGUAAUCCAUUAUUUUAAGUAACUUACGAAUUUAAAUGAUUUUGCAUUUACUAUUGCAUCCACUGCAAUAAACAGGGAAAGAAUGGGAAUAAUUCUUUGCAUAAAACUCAAUCUUCGAAUCACAAUAUGUUUGCAACCAGGGACCACAAUUAAUGAAUACAAAAAAGGAGUUGAACUCCAUAUCAUCGGUUUAACCAAUUUUCCAUUGUGCGCCGAGUAAAUGAAAUGGUUUAUUAAUUUACAAAGUUUAACUUCUUUUUCUAAUCAUAAAAGCUGGUCACUGCUAGAUUUAAUAUUUAAUAUUUCAAACUUUGAAUUUUUGAUCUAAAAUGAUUUUUAAAAUAUCAGGUUACGGCAUUAGAUUGCCUAGAUAUAAUGAUUAAAAAUUAGAAGUGAGUUUUUUAACGAGAAUUCAUGAAUUUUAUUUUGCAUUUAUUUCGAAGCACACAAUUGUUUGUUACUUUAACUUAAUUAUUUAAACUUAACAACCCCACAAUCAUCCAAAUGUAGCAAGCUUUCGCGCAAGUUAAAACACAUGGGAUGGAGGUAGAAAACACCUACUCUUGAAAAUGUAUGCAACUUUAAUAGCAAUCUGGAUUCAUGUGCAUUGGGCCCCCCCCCCCCCAUACAAUUUUGAUAUUAUUUCUUUCUCAGCAACAAGCUGGAUUUUCUCCAUAUCUUGCAGAUAUAAGAAAACUGCUGUUGCUAGGAUGGGUUUAGAGUUAGGCAGGGUGUCAACAAAAUAGUUGACUCUGCUGUUGCUAAGAUGGGUUCAGAGUUAGGCAGGGUGUCAACAAAAUAGUUGACUCUGCUGUUGCUAAGAUGGGUUCAGAGUUAGGCAGGGUGUCAACAAAAUAGUUGACUAUGUUGCAAA